AUGUCGAAAAAGAAUGACGCCCGCUCUCCUGCAAAAGGUUCUUACUCGCCCCUGAGUCUACACGACCCCGAUACCAUCCUGGGCGAUCCUCCUGCAAGACAACAGCACAAUACAGCGCACGCCAACGACAGCAGUAGCGACGACGACGACGACGAUAUGGAUUACCACGGACAGAGACGCACAAGCAUCGAAAUCGAGCCCACACCCAUCACUGCCGGGGGCUUGUCGUCCUCCUCCGCCAUCUACGGAACAUCAACCCGUCGACCCACUUCUUCUCAGCAACGGCUCCAAUCGUCGGACGGGGAUAUUCAUAGCUCCGAUGAUGAUGGUCAUGUAGGAAGUGGUGGUGGUGGCCAAAAGAGCACACAUUGGGGUCGCAAUUGGAUCCGAUAUGUUGCUUUUGCGUGUAUUACAGCAGCCUUGGUGCUCUUGGUCGCUUUGCUUGUCUUGAAACCGUGGCAGCAAAAGCAGAUACUGCUGCCGAUCACGAACGAUGCGGUCAAGGUCCUGCCAGAGAACCAAGCCAUCUGGCCAGUCCCAAAGUCAUUCUCUCACGGCGAAGGCAUAGAAAAGGUCGUCCUGACACCUAAUUUCCAAAUCAAGGUCCAGACCUCCGCCAACAGUCCGCCUGUCGCGUUAGCACCAGAUUCCAUUCUGGCAAAAGCUAUCGCCCGCUGCAUGGACCGACUUCAGGUCAAACGCAACACCACCAUCUGGACAACCGACGCGGCCGUUGCUGACAUUGCUGGCACUGCAGCUGCAGCUGCACCGCUAUCAGAACUCACGCUUGUGGUUGACAACACACAAGCCAAGCUGGAAUACGGGAUGGUUGAAUCGUAUGCUAUCAACAUUGUGAGCAACCAUACUGGAAACACAGAUGGGACUCCACAGUCGCUUGUAGACUUGGAGAAGCGAGCGCAUCAUCACGUCGCUUCUCUUAGAGCAAGGGCGGAACCAGACUCUCCACCUGCCACUACGGCAGUCAUCACCGCGAGCACUCAAUGGGGCGCCAUUUAUGCACUGGAUACCUUCACCCAGAUCGUUGUCGCAACCAAAGCGGCUGCAGCCAAUGUAGCGCAAGCCUCGCUUCCAAUGGCAACCAACAACCAAUUGGAGAUCCCAAACACCCCUUGGUUGAUUCUUGACGAGCCUCGCUUCUCGCACCGUGGGAUCUUGUUGGAUACUUCGCGCAACUAUGUCGGCGUGCCCGAAAUCAUCCGGACCCUAGAUGCCAUGGCGGUAGUAAAACUCAAUGUCUUUCAUUGGCAUGUCUUGGACCAGCAAACAUACCCUCUUGUCUCCAAGGCCUUCCCAGACCUCACCGCCAAGGGCGCCCAGGACCCCGAAAAGAUCUACACUCCUCAGGAUGUUGCAGCGAUCAUCCAGCAUGGAUUAGAGCGCGGUAUCCGUGUCCUCCCAGAGUUUGAUUCUCCGGGCCAUGCGGCAAGUUGGGGUCGCGCUUACCCGAACAUUACAGUCUGUCUGGAUGCCCAACCUCAUGGAACAUAUGCCGCCGAGCCGCCUGCUGGACAGUUGGACCCUUUGGAGCCGUUUACUUACACUGUCCUGGACACGCUCGUCAAGGAAUGGUCAGCGCUCUUCCCAGAUUCUCAGGCGCACAUUGGUGGAGAUGAGGUUAACAUGAACUGCUGGAAGUCCUCCAAGCGACUCUCAGAUUAUAUCACUAACGAGAACCACCGGGCUGAGUAUGAGAAGUCCAUCAUGCCCGUUGUGGAUACCCCCAACCCGACGACGAGGACUGGUACCGGACGCCAGAGUGGAGAGGAUAGGUUGUUGGAGUUGUAUCUGGACCGGAUCUUUGCCAUGUUUAUCGCUCAGGGCAAGAGACCGAUUGUCUGGGAGGAGAUGGCGCUUGAACAUAAUGUCCGGUUGCCUAAUUCGGCUAUUAUCCAGGUCUGGAAGGACGCCACCAAUGCCAAGAAAGUUAUUGCGCAAGGACGGCCGGUCAUCUUGUCGAGCUCCGAGUUCUGGUACCUGGAUUGUGGAGCAGGUUCAUGGCUCAUCGGGUCCCAGGGUCAAAGCUGGUGCAAGUUUGCCAGCUGGCAACGAAUUUACUCGUACGCCCUCACGGACGGAAUGAGCGAGGAAGAACAAAAGAUGGUCUACGGAGGCGAAAUCUGCAUGUGGGGGGAGCAGACGGAUUCUUCAAACUUGGACUCGAGUGUCUGGCCCCGCUCUGCUGCCGCUGCCGAGGUCCUAUGGAGUGGCACAAAAGACACAAAGGGACACGCAAGGCCGCUACUCGACGCUUCCAGGCGCCUGAGCGUCGUCCGCGAAAGGUUGGUCAAGAUGGGCAUCAGGGCCGCGCCCAUGUUCCCAUCCUGGUGCGCCAAACAUCCCGAAGCCUGUCUCGUAGAAUAA